UAAAUCCUCACGCUCACACUCGUCAUCAGAACACCACAUCCACGUUGUGGACACUCUGCUCCUGCUCCUAGUCCUGGUUCUGGUGGUCCGGAGGUGAUGCUGCUGGAGGGUCACUCAAUCAGUCAGGUCAGCGCCGGUUUGAGAGGUUUUGUCAAAAGCGUCGCUGGUCGUGCCUACCUAGACGCGGCGCACCAAAACCACCAGCUUCGUUCAUGGAUUUUCCCCAAAUCAGAGUUGAUAAGAAACCGGAGUCGUCAUCGAGCAUCAGAAUCUUCUGUUUGAAGCUCGAACAACCUGAAGUCAUUACGGUAAAAGUCUUCAUCAUGAUGAGCUGGCUGCUCAAAAUUGUUCCUCAGCCCCCCAGGACAACCCAACUCCACGAACCCAACCCCCAAACGGAGCAGAAGGUGACAAUCCAGGAUGAGUCCAAACAGGAAGUGGCGUUGUCAUCAGAGAGCAGAAGCAGGAAGGGCGUGGUGCGUUGGAUGAGUGAAGGUCUGGACAAGGUGUUUCCACCGCUCGUCGUCAACGAGAACAACCGUCAGGCCGCCACGGAGGAUGCUGCGGUAGCAGCAGGUGAGACUCCGCCUUUAGGACCACUUCACGCCACCUUUGCCGCCGCGCAUGUCCCGCUAGAGGAGGUGGAGUCCGAGCAUCGGGACGCCGCAGACGAGGAGCCCCUCCCGCCCGGGACGGCCGAGGCAGAGAAGCAGUCCAAUAUCAUGGGAUGGAUCGGCAGCGGCCUCGGGCGCCUGUUGCCUCGGCCGACGCAAAAGCAGGAAGCAGACGGGGACCUUCACGACACCAUUCAGAAGAAGAGGGAGGCGCAACUGUCGGAGCAGGAACAGCAGCCGGCAGCAAAAGACGGCCUCGAGACGAAGCAUGACAAGGAGGUUGGAGAUGUGAGUUGGAUUCCGCUGCUGGAGAACAUCAAGAAGGAUGCUGGCGAGGCGGUUCUGGCUCAAGUGGAGAAAAGACUUCAGCAGCAGCGCCUGGAGGCCGCCCGCCUGGCGGAGGACGCGGCUAGGAGGGCGGCACAGGAAGCCGUCCGACUGCUGGAGGCGGAACAUUCAGCCACGAUCGUCAUUCAACGUCUGCCCGAGGCCAACGAGCAACUUCCUAACAUCCUGGAGGAGGAAAACGAGGACGAGCUCGACAGGUGCCUGCCUGAAGGUGGCGCUCAACACUCAGUCGGAGCACAAGAAGUCAGCGCCCUUUCUGAGAGGAAAGACCCGGCAAGUUCCGCCGGGCAGGUUGAAACUGGAGCUGAAGUUGCAGAUGAAGGUCUGCAACUGGACGCGGGAAAAGCUGUGAUCAUCCCUGAGAUUUUCACGCCACCAGGCUGCGCCCCCAUGCUGAGUGUCGUCGACCCCGCUCUGUCAAAACUCAGAGUGACCGCCAAUCUCUCUGCUGACGACGACGACGAAGAAGAGUCAGUAAGGGGAGGACUCAAGUCCUGGUCCAGUCAAGGUGACCUGCUGACUGCAGACGUCCGUCCGGCAUCGGCGGCCAGCGUUGGCAGCGUGGUGGUUCAGGACCGUCUCGGCCAGCUGGUCCGGCUCUUCAAAGGACGGACUGAACGCCAAAAAGACCGUCUGGUUGACCCAGACGAGUCGGAGCAGGAAAGUCCCGCUACCUCUCCCAGCAAAGCUCUGCCGCCCCCAACCCCACCCGAAGAAGACAAGUUGGAGCCCCCCACCACCGGAAAGGAAGAAGAAGACGAUGAGCCAGCAUUACACUUUCAACUUCUAAGACAGGCUGUUAAAAUUCUCAAACUUCCCAGCAUGCCCAAAUGGCUCCGAGCCAUUGUGGAAUUCCGGUUCCCCUCCAGCAUCGACCCGUUCACUGAUUUGGUUUACGUGGUGUGGCUGUUCUUAGUGGUGGCAGCCUGGAACUGGAACGUUUGGCUGAUACCCAUACGCUGGGCCUUUCCCUACCAGACCCCAGAGAACCUCCACCUGUGGCUCCUGGCCGACUACACCUGCGACCUCAUCUACAUCGUGGACAUCCUGCUCUUCCAACCCCGCUUACAAUUUGUCAGCGGGGGAGACAUCGUGGUCAGGGACCAAAGACACAAAUUCACAAUUUGUCUGCUUGUCGUUUUACAUUGUCAUCGUUCUGUCUUCCUUCCUCAUCUCACGCUAUCCCAUAACGUUCUGUUUCAGUGUGACAAAAAAGCCAUGAGAGAAAACUACAUGACCACGGAGAGGUUCAAGAUAGACGUCAUCAGUCUUUUUCCCAUGGAGAUCCUCUACUACUGGACAGGAGUCAACUCUCUGCUUAGAUUCCCUCGUCUGCUUAAGUACCACGUUUUCUUCGAGUUCAAUGACAGGAUGGAGGCGGUGAUGAAGAAGGCCUACAUCUACAGGGUGAUCCGGACUUCCACCUACCUGCUGUACUCUCUGCACAUCAACGCGUGCCUCUUCUACUGGGGCUCCGACUAUGAAGGCUUAGGGUCCACCAAGUGGGUGUACGACGGGAAAGGCAAUGCGUACAUCCGCUGCUACUACUUCGCAGUGAAGACAUUGAUCACCAUUGGCGGACUUCCGGACCCGACCACCGUCUUUGAGAUCUGCUUCCAGCUCAUCAACUAUUUUGUCGGAGUCUUCGCUUUCUCGAUCAUGAUCGGACAAAUGAGGGACGUGGUGGGGGCAGCCACGGCAGGCGAGAACUACUACCGGGCCUGCAUGGACAGCACUACCAAGUACAUGAACUCUUACAACAUUCCCAACCCCGUCCAGAACCGCAUCAAGACCUGGUACGACUACACGUGGAAGAGCCAAGGCAUGCUAGACGAGCAGGAGUUGCUGGUGCAGCUUCCCGCCAAAAUGAGACUGGACAUGGCCGUGGACGUCAACUACUCCAUCGUCAGCAAGGUGGCGCUCUUCCAGGGUUGUGAUCGUCAGAUGGUGUUUGACAUGCUGACAAGACUCAAGUCUGUGGUCUACCUGCCAGGAGACUUUGUGUGCAAGAAGGGUGAGAUCGGCAGAGAAAUGUACAUCAUCAAGCAGGGCGAGGUCCAAGUGGUUGGCGGGCCAGACCUGAAGACAGUUUUUGUCACCAUCAGAGCAGGUUCAGUGUUUGGAGAGAUCAGUUUGUUGGCGGGGGGCGGAGGGAACCGCCGCACCGCCAACGUGAAGGCGCACGGAUUCGCCAACCUGUUCAUCCUGGAUAAAAAGGACCUGGCAGAGAUCCUGGUCCACUAUCCAGAGUCCCAGAAACUUCUCCGCAAGAAGGCCAAGACCAUGCUGACCAAGGACAAGAAGCCGGACGAAAAGGGAGGCGGCAAAGACGUCGCCCAGGUCAUUCCGGUCCGGCCUGACACGCCCAAAAUGUUCAAGGCGGCGCUGAGGGUGACGACGCAGGCGGGAAUGGCAGGAACCUUCGCCAAACUCAAGAAGAGCUACGGCCAGCCUCAGGACCAGGCUCCGCCCUCAACUCGACAUCACGGCUCGGCGGCGCCGCCCACAGGCAGCUCAUUGGUUGUCACCGUGACGUCUUCGAAGGAAGGGGAGGAGCUUCUGUCGAUGGAAGUGGAUAGUGGAGCAGAGAAGAAGAUACAGGAGGACGAAGUGCACACCAAGUAAAAGACUUCAUUCAGACUCUUCACCUUCCCGUCAAUUCCUUCCAAACGCUUCCAGAUUGUUGUCAACAUGCAUCUUCCAGGAUAAUUCUUACAACUCUUACAUCUCGUCCAACUCGUAGAAUAAAGACCUUUUCAUCAUGGCGUCACGCUUACUUCUGGGUGGCAGAAGUCGGAGCUUUCUCCGAUGCCACUAUUAGUGAACCGAGCCAAACGUCACCGAGCCAAGGCAGAGUCAUUGAGAAAACGGGGAACUGGUUUGAAUGAUGAUUUUUAAACUUCAUACUUUGAAUGUAGCAAGUGUCAGGAGAGAACAAGAUGUUACAUUAUGUGAAAGUUUGCUGUAGUACUAGAGGGGCUCCAACUAGCAGAGACAAAUUUGUUGAGGGUUUUUAACAUAAUUCUGAUAAAUUGCUUGGGAUGAUGUAGAAUGCCAGCCGCAAUUCACAUUUGAACAGGGAAGACUGUUCGAAACUAAAUGCGGUGGAAAUUCAGACGUAGUUAACACAAUCGUUGAGUGGACUUUUCUGUUGCUUGGAUUAAUGGUGCAGAUGUGAUCUUUUGACUCUGAAAUAGAUUGAGCCCUAGCUAGCAGGCUAGCCAUCAUUUUUAGCUAAAUGACUCACAAGACAAGGCAAGCAAGUAGUUUCGACAUCCAUGUGAGAAAACGCCUGCCACAAACCCCAUGAUGGUGAUUUGCUUCCCAACGUGACCCUUGAGAAGUGGUUACCAGUCGUCUCGGCUUCUCUGUACAACUGUUUGCGACAUCCCCUCCAUUUAUCCUCCUCACCCACGUUCCCCUGGAUUCAUUUGGAUUUUUCUGGAAGGAAAUUGAAAAAAAGAAAACUAACAUUUUGGGGGUAGCCACUGUACAUCAGUUCAGGUCAGAAAUUCAAUCACCUUCUACCAACCGGAAGUAGUCCUCCUGCCUAUUGUUUACCAGCAUUGUGAAAAGGUCCAUUGCGUACUGUAAUGUUGCUACUGCCACCUCUUCGACACGUUGCAUAAUAAAUUGUUGGCUUCUUAGAGAA